AUGGCUGCGAGAGGAGAAAAAACAAAUGGAAAUGGCGAGGAGCAGAUCGUCGAGACGUUGGCGGAGGUGUUCCGGUGCUUCAUCUGUAUGGAGAAGCUGGUGGACGCCCACCUUUGUCCUCAUUGCUCGAAACUCUGCUGCUACGGCUGUGUACGACGAUGGCUUACCGAGCAGAGAUCUCAAUGUCCGCACUGCCGCGCUGCACUGCACCUUCAUGAGCUGGUGAAUUGUCGCUGGGUGGAAGAAGUAACACAGCAAAUAGAAACCAUGCAGCAGACUAAUUCUGUUUGUCAAAGGGAGAACUUUCGAGACAGAUGCCCCACACAUCAAGAAAGGUUAACUGUAUACUGCUGGACAUGUCGCCGCUGUAUCUGCCAUCAGUGUGCGCUCUGGGGAGGAACACAUUCUGGUCAUACCUUUAAGCCUUUAGAAGAAGUAUAUGAGCAACAUGUUACUCAGAUAAGGGAUGAAGUGUCCCAAUUGAGGCGAAGACUGAUGGAGCUCAUUAGUCUUGUCCAGGAUGUGGAGCGCAACGUCGAAUCCGUACGCGCUGCUAAAGACGAGCGUGUUCGCGAGAUUCGUAAUGCGGUAGAACUAAUGAUCUCAAGACUAGAUUCUGCAUUAAAAGCAAAGUUGCUUACUUUGAUGGGGCAAAAAAAUAGCCUUACGCAAGAGACAGAACAGCUAGAACAUCUAUUACAAGAAAUUGAACACCAGCUCCAUGCUAGUACUAGGUCAGAACUGAUAAUUAAAAGUGGCGAGCUCUCUAAAAUGAUUCACCAAGUGAGAAAGAAGCCUAUGGCCAGCUUCGUCACCGCGCCCGUACCGGCGGAUUUCCACAGUGAAAUCGUGCCGAGCUACGACAGCAGCACGUUCCCACUGAGCAACUUCACGCAGCUGCAACACGCCGCGGCGCCGGUGUACUCCGCCCCGCUGCACGUGAACGGGCUGUGUUGGCGCCUCAAGGUGUACCCCGACGGGAACGGGGUGGUGCGGGGCAACUACCUGUCGGUGUUCCUGGAGCUGAGCGCGGGACUACCGGAGACAUCUAAGGUAGGCAAGAGGUACGAGUACCGCGUGGAGAUGCUGCACCAGGUGUCCCGCGACCCGUCCAAGAACAUAGUGCGCGAGUUCGCGUCCGACUUCGAGGUGGGCGAGUGCUGGGGGUACAACAGGUUCUUCAGGCUGGACCUGCUCGCCAGUGAGGGGUAUCUCAAUCCGGAUACCGAUACCUUGAUAUUGAGAUUCCAAGUGCGACCGCCCACAUUCUACCAGCGUUGCCGCGACCAGCAGUGGUACAUUAACCAGCUCAUCACCAUGCAGAACCAACACAUUGUACAGAUAAAUGAUCUCAAAGAGCGCUUAACACUAGAGAUGUCGCGCAACUCGCUAACGGCGACGCGCGCCAGCCCCGGCGCCGCGGCCCCCGGGGCCCCCGGGCCCCCCGCGGCCCCCGCCGCCCCCGGGGCCCCGGCGCAGGACAACCCCGUCGACGGCAGCGGCCUCGCCGACCCCCUCGCGUACGGCAACCAGUGGAAGUUCAACACGCCCCACAACAUGAUGAGUGGACAGCGGCUGACCAGUCCAGGUAUUCUGAACACAGCCAUGUUCGAGGAGUCAUGCGCCAGCACGGUGUGGCGCCGCGCGCCCGCGCAGCACGCGCUCGACACGCCCUACAACCUGCCUUCUACAUCUACUUCUAGGUCGGCGAACUCGCUGCAGGCGGGCUCGGACAGCCUGGCGCUGGUGAGCCUGCACUCGCUGCUGAGCGCAGCCGCGCGCCGCCCGCGCGCCGACCGCCACGCGCCCGACGCGCCGCUUACUGCCGCGGCCAGCACGCCGGCGACAGAAGUGAGCACAACAAGCACAAAUGCACUCUGCUCGUCGCUCUCGUCGCCGGAGCUGAACGCGAGCGCCGGCGCCGAGGGGCCGAAGCCCGAGGGCGCCGCCGGAGCCCCCGCCAGCCCCGAGCCCGCGGUCCAACCGGUGUCGGAGUCUAGCAGCGAUACUGGGGAUUUUAUGUUCAGUGAGUUAGAUGGUUUUGUAGAUGAUAACAAUCCUAGUCAUAUUGAAGAGAAUUCCAAUGAAGAGAAUGAUGUUGACGAAGAGACUAUGUCUGGUGAGAACGACAUCGAAGGCGCUUGCGGAGGACGCAACAACGACGCAGGCGACAUCCUUAGUCGCUUGCUGUGCGCCGUGCACGGGCGAGGGGUGACCCCCGGUGACCCGCGGGGCGUGUCCCUCGCGGGGAGUGACACGCGGGGCGUGUCCCUCGCCAGCAGCGAUACGCGGGGAGUCACCCUCGCCAGCAGUGACACGCGGGGCGUCACCCUCGCCAGCAGCGACAUGCGGGGCGUCACCGUCGCCAGCAGCGACACGCGGGGCGUGCCCCCCGCCGGCAGCGACGCGCCGCCCUCGUACGCGCACCUGCAGAGCACGCUGGCGCACGUGGCGGUGCCGCCGCCCGCGCGCCACGACGACCCGCAGCUGUCCACCGCGGCCCACACCGAUAUGCUGCUACUGAACCUUAUGCGUAUUAACGGCUUGACGCCCAAGUGCCCGCGUACUGCAAAGCAUGGUCCAAAACGUAACUGGUCGACGUCAUGUUUAGGCGAGGCCCGGCCGCGGCCCGCGCCAGCGCGCGCGCGCCGCCCGCCGCGCACGCCGCGCGCCGCCCCGCUCUCCCCCGGGCAGCUGCACCGGGAUAACACUGGUGCCAUAGGAUGGUCGGCCGCAGCGAACUCUGCGAACUCGGCGGGCGCGGGCACGGGGGCGCUGCGUGACUGCUACUGGCCCUCCGCCUCCUCGCUCAGUGACAACGACGACGUCAUUCUAGACUACAACGACACGCUUUUCGACAUGCUUCUCAACAGUCUGUCUCUUGAAGGUGGUAAUAUAGCAGAGUGUGAUGACGCACCCCAAGCGCCCCCCGUCCAGCCCUGGAGCCCUGCGCGCGAAACCCGCGAUCCCCGCGAUCCUCGUGAUCCUCGUGAUCCUCGUGAUCCUCUCAUUAGACACUAUCCACUUUUUUUGAAAAACACUACUCAAGAGCAGUGUUUUACGGAUUCAAGUAAAUUUGUGAACAUAAUGGCGCGCGCUUUCUUAUUGGGAUAUGCGGAAGAAGAACGUAGACGUAAUGUUCUACGAAUUGAAAGACGCCGUCUGCGUGACGCUAGUGAUCCAUUGCAGUUGCCAGAGAGAGAGUUCAUUGGACAUUUUCGUUUAACAAAACUUGGAUUCCAACAGGUUUUGGUGGAACUUAGUUCUCAUCUACCAUUAGUUAGACGAAAUACAGGUGUUCGCAAUGAACUCAAAAUUUUAGCAGCAUUAAAUUUUUAUGCAAAUGGAUCCUACCAACGGAAUGUAGGUGCAUCAUUUCUACUGAACAUGUCACAACCAACAUUCAGUAAAUGUCUACAUGAGGUAACUGGUGCACUCAAUACCUGCGAAAUCCUUAGGAAGUACAUAAAGUUUCCUAUGACACAGCAUGAAAGGGAAAUAAUUAUGAAAGAUUUUAUGGAGAAAUUUGGAUUUCCAGGUGUUAUAGGUUGCAUUGAUGGUACACAUGUGGCUUUAAUCCGUCCUAAGGAUCAUGAGGAGGCUUAUUUUAAUAGAAAGAAUUACCAUUCUUUGAAUGUUUUACUAAUUUGUGAUGCUAAACUAACCAUCCUCCAUGUUGAUGCAUCAUUUGGUGGUGCAUCUCAUGAUUCAUAUGUUUGGAAUCAAUGUGUAAUAAAAGCAUUUUUAGAAGGAUUAGAAAGAAAUGGAGAGCGCCUUUGGCUGUUAGGUGAUUCUGGAUAUGCUCAACGCCCCUGGAUGAUGACUCCAAUCAUAGGUGCAGCUCCGGGAUCACCAGAAGAGUAUUAUACAGACCUUCAUUGUCGGGAUGGUGAUCUUGACAAUGACCAACAGCACCAACUUUGCAUACAGGGAAGGACUGAUGCCCCUCUAGAUGAAAGUAGGCUUAUAUUAAUUAAUAGGAUUUGGAAUGCUAGAAAUAUUUUG